AUGCCGAACGUUUCGGCUUCCAUUACAGUGCAGCAUCUUUCCAAUAUUUCAAGCAGCUACGAAUGGUCCUUCACGCCGGUCAGUGAGAUUAUCAUUUCACCCAUCUCGGUUCUACUAAAUUCCUACUGCCUCUUUCUCUUCCUAACCAACAAAAAACUUCACACCGCUUUUAACGUGUAUCUGGGCAACCUGCUCUUCGCCAACCUCAUGUACACCAUUCUGAACAAUCCACUGGGCAUCAUCAACGGAUUAUACCGUAUAUGGCCACUGGGCACCACCGCCUGCAAUGUCUACACAUAUUCCUUAUCCGCAUUCGGCGCCAUGACGGUCAACUCGCAUGCCUUCAUCACUCUUAACCGCCUGUGGGCCGUGACCUUUCCUAUCAACUACAGGAAGCAUCACGGCAUUCGCACAUCGUUGUUCACCGUGUUUUUGUUGUGGAUUUAUGUGCACUUGAUUUGUUUACCGGGGAUCGUUAUCGAUGCUCGGUAUUUUCGAUUGGCCUUUGACAAAAAUCGCUGUAUUCUAAACGGAUCGGCUCAACCAGUGUGGAAUAAUAUUGUGCAGUUUGUGCUAUACGUCGGUCCGGUGUGCAUCAUCUUGAUCACUUAUCCUUACGUGUUUGUCAGAGAGAGGCAACGCAGGCCGAUACGCUUUUCAGUAUCGGUGCGGAGCGCCCGCGUCGCCAAACCAACGCCGGAUGUGUCAGCAGGGAAGACGGCAGUCGUUCCCGCAAUGUCCUCGGCCGGAAGAAAUUAUGCUUUUACCGUAAUGACGCUCCUGACUGCAAGCAUUCUUAUAUGUUGGGUACCGAAUGUCACCUAUUAUACUGUUACGGGCUUUACCGGGACCCAUAACCACUCGACGCUGCUUGCUGUUACGCUGUUGUUUGCUUUACAGUCCGUAAUGGAUCCGAUCUUAUUUGUACUGGCAUUAGGCGACCUUCGGCUGGCGUUUUUCUCCCACUGUGUGUAUCAAAAGCGUAAUUAG